CCCCCCCAUUCCCUUCCUCUCUCUCCAUUUCCAUUCGCUGAUUCCGAUUCCACCCGACUAAAGGCACCAUGGGAAACCGUGGCAUGGAGGAGCUGAUCCCGCUGGUCAACAAGCUGCAGGAUGCCUUCAGCUCCAUCGGUCAGGCUUGCAACCUGGACCUGCCGCAGAUCGCAGUGGUCGGCGGCCAGAGUGCAGGAAAGAGCUCAGUGCUGGAGAACUUUGUAGGCAGGGACUUUCUGCCCCGUGGAUCUGGUAUUGUCACCCGCAGGCCCCUGGUUCUGCAGCUUAUCAGCGCCACUGCAGAAUGGGCUGAAUUCCUCCAUUGCAAAGGGAAGAAGUUUACAGACUUCGAUGAGGUUCGCCAGGAGAUUGAGGGAGAGACGGACCGUGUCACAGGGGCCAACAAAGGCAUAUCUCCCGUCCCCAUCAACCUGCGGGUUUACUCCCCUCACGUGCUGAACCUGACUCUCAUCGAUCUACCGGGGAUCACCAAGGUGCCAGUUGGAGACCAGCCCGUAGACAUCGAGCAGCAGAUCAGGGACAUGAUCCUGCAGUUCAUCACCAAAGAGAGCUGUUUGAUCUUGGCCGUCACUCCGGCUAACACUGACCUGGCCAACUCUGACGCUCUUAAACUGGCGAAGGAUGUGGAUCCACAGGGUCUGAGGACUAUUGGAGUAAUCACAAAACUGGAUUUGAUGGACGAGGGCACAGAUGCUCGAGACAUACUGGAGAACAAGUUGCUGCCGCUGCGAAGAGGUUAUAUUGGAGUAGUGAAUCGCAGUCAGAAGGACAUCGAUGGGAGGAAAGAUAUUAAGGCAGCUCUGGAUGCGGAAAGGAAGUUCUUCUUGUCCCACGCAUCAUACAGGCACAUGGCUGAAAAAAUGGGCACCCCACGACUGCAAAGAGUGCUCAACGAGCAAUUGACCAACCACAUCCGGGACACCCUGCCAGCUUUCCGCAGCAAGCUGCAGUCCCAGCUGUUAGCUCUGGACAAGGAGGCCGAGGAAUACCGGGGAUACCGACCCGAUGACCCGUCCCGCAAAACCAAGCAGCUGUUGCAGAUGGUGCAGCAGUUCUCUGUGGACUUUGAGAAAAGGAUUGAGGGCUCAGGGGAUCAGGUUGACACAGUUGAGCUGUCUGGUGGAGCGAAAAUCAACCGCAUCUUCCACGAGCGUUUCCCCUUUGAGCUGGUUAAGAUGGAGUGUGAUGAGAAGGAGAUGCGUCGCGAGAUCAGUUACGCCAUCAAGAACAUCCACGGUAUCAGGACGGGACUUUUCACCCCAGACAUGGCGUUUGAGGCCAUUGUGAAGAAGCAGGUCAUAAAGCUGAAGGGGCCCUGCGUCAAGUGUGUUGACAUGGUCAUCCAGGAACUGAUUAACACUGUGCGCCAGUGCUCCAGCAAGCUGGAUUGCUUCCCCAUGCUGCGCGAGGAAACUGAGAGAAUUGUGACUAGUCAUAUCCGAGACAGAGAGAGUCGGGCCAAAGACCAGGUUCUGCUGUUGAUAGACAUCCAGCUCUCUUACAUCAACACUAACCACGAAGACUUCAUUGGCUUUGCUAAUGCGCAGCAGAGGAGCAGUCAGACUAAUAAGAGCCAGAGUUCAGCAGGAAAUCAGGUCAUUCGCAAAGGCUGGCUGACCAUCAACAACAUCAGCAUCAUGAAGGGGGGAGCCAAAGAGUACUGGUUUGUGCUGACUGCCGAGAGCCUCUCCUGGUUCAAGGAUGACGAGGAGAAGGAGAAGAAGUACAUGCUCCCUCUGGACAACCUGAAAGUCCGCGAUGUGGAGAAGAGUUUCAUGUCCAGCAAGCACAUAUUCUGUAUUUUCAAUACAGAGUCAAGGAAUGUGUACAAGGACAAUCGCACCCUGGAGUUGGCCUGCGACUCUCAGGAUGAUGUGGACAGCUGGAAAUCGUCUCUUCUACGUGCCGGGGUCUAUCCUGAGAAAGUCGUGGCGGUUGAGAGUGAGACCACCACCGCCACAGAGAACUUCUCCAUGGACCCUCAGCUGGAGCGUAAAGUGGAAACCAUCCGUAACCUGGUGGACUCCUACAUGGCUAUUGUCAACAAGUGCAUCCGCGACCUCAUGCCCAAGACCAUAAUGCAUCUCAUGAUCAACAAUGUGAAAGACUUCAUCAAUGCAGAGCUUUUGGCCCAGCUGUACUCUGCAGGUGACCAGAAUGCCCUGAUGGACGAGUCUCAGGAGCAGGCCCAGAGGAGGGAUGAGGUUCUGCGGACCCACCAGGCCCUGACAGAGGCCCUGGCCAUCAUCGGUGAUAUCUCCACCUCAACCAUCACUGUCCCCAUGCCUCCGCCUGUUGACAACUCUUGGGUGGGAGGACCUGGAAGUCGCAGGUCUCCUCCAUCCAGCCCCACUGCCCCUAGGAGGAUGUCUUCAGGCCAGCGCCCGGCUCCCCGAGGGGCCCCGCCACCACCAAACCGCCCAGGACCCCUGGGGCCCUUCAAUAAUAUUGCUGACAGCCCUCAAGCCCCCAGCCGCCCUAACAGGGCCCCUCCUAGCAUCCCCAGUCGGCGGCCCCCGCCAUCUCCUACAAGACAAGCUCCACCAUAAACAUCUAAAUGGGCUUCUCAUACACUUAUCUUCCUCCCUCAUCCACUCUAUCCCUCCUCUAUUAGCCAUGGCUCUGCCAUCCUGGUAUCUCCUUAGUGCAGAGACUGAAGUCUUUGACCCCUCGACCCUCAAUUUCCUGCCAGGUGACGAUGCCCAUAUAUCUAUGUACAGUAUGGUACUUGUCUUGUGGUGUAUGUGUAUGUGCGGUUGUUGCUCGCCUGUGGUCCAAGUUUGCUUAGCAGAUCCACUACCCAGUAUCAGUCCCUGGAACCUCUCCCUCACAAACCCCUCAUCAAGUCAGCCACUACCCCCACUUGCUGCUUCUACAUGAAAAUAUGCUUAGCAGUUAUACUGCCCUACUCAUUCCAAAAUGCAGCAUGGCACAUAAGCUGCUUUUAUUGCAUGGGAGUGUGUGGAUGUAGAGUGUGUGUUUUGUGUGUUUGUAUUCAUGGGGGAGGGACUAAUUUGCCUAUAUGUAGGCUGGGUUUGAUUUAGUAUUGUGUUAAUUUAUUGUAUAAUGCCCCUUAAGUGUUAAUUAUCAGCUGAAUGUUCUCUUAGGAACAGAAGGUGUGUGUGUGUGUGUGUGUGUGUGUGUGUGUGUGUGUGUGUGUGUGUGUGUGUGUGUGUGUGUG